UUCGGCACAUGGACCCUAAUCGGAGUCAGUCAGAGCCAGAUUUCUCGCAGCAAGAUACGCCCUGUUUGAUUGUGGAGGAUUCGCAGCCGGAAAGCAUUCUGUCAGAGGAUGAUCCUGAGCACAGUUACCACCGCUUGCAGACCAGGUGCCUUUCUAACCUGCAGCCCUGCGUUCAGAGUCCAGUUCUGGAGCUGAUCUCAGCACCGCAGUCCAGGAAAAGCUCAGGAGGAGGUGCACCGGUGGGGAAAGAAACGCCUAACAGAGUUGCUGGUGCUGGGUUGGCAGCUGGGGUGCAGAAGCCAGAUGUGAAGCACACCCCAUCAAGAGUUGAAGACUUACCACGACCCAAUGGGAAAACCAGUGUCCAGAACAAUCCUGCCAGUCCGCACGAGGAGCAAGAUGGAGGAGAUGAAGUUGUUGAUUCAACGACAGCCUCUUUUAUGGCUGGAGGCAAAUCGCAAGUGGGAAUGGAGCUGCUGCAGCUCUCACAGAGCCAGGACUGUGAGCCUGAGCCCAGUGGGUGCGUGGGUGACUCGGGGGAAGAGUGUUCGGGCGCUGUCCCCAGCGAGAAACCAGAGCCAGCUGCUGAUGCUCGUUCUGCAUCUGACCAGCAAUCAACACAGAAGCCCUUAAGCAGUGAAGUUGCCGCUCAGUGCACAGCAGGGUCAGAUGUGAUCUCGAGUGCUCCCACCCCGUCUCUUCAGGAAAAGGUCGAAAGCAGGAAGGAGAUGGCUGUACAGUUCCUGCCGGGUGGUGGCAUGAAGGUUGAGGAGUCAGCGAAACUAGAGCUGAAAAAUCCUGAGGUUAUCCCAAUACAAGAGGACCUCUUUGAGCGAAAUCAAUCGGAUUCCAGGAAAGUUGGAGCUACUACGGGAAUGGAAAGCGCUCCGGUUGCUGCAGUAGACCAUCUGGAGGUGCUUCACCUCUCUGGGCAUCAGGUCCUGGCACAGGAGAGCCUGUCUGAAAAUUCCUCCGAUAUCAUUGCUCCAUCCCAGGAGUCCUUUGGUCCCACUCCAAUCAUUGUUCCCGGAAGCCCGACGGAACAAGGUGAAGAGCCCAUGGACACCUCCCUCCCACUUGAACACACCAACCCAGCUCCGAAACGGCCGCUGGAAGAGGAGCCAAUGGAAACAGAUCAGACGGAUGAGCCCACCCCCCAGCACCCUCAGGCUUCGACACCCAUCUCCCGGAAUCCGCCUGACUUCACCCCCCUACAGUCUCUACCUGUGCCAAGCCUGCCCGAACUGUCCCACGAUAUUUUGAUGCCAACACCAAGCCUGACGGAGCACGCUGGAGGUGCUGGAGAGGAGAAAGCUGCUUCCGAUACCAUAGAAGCUCCUUCAAGGUUAUCUGAGGCAGGAGGCGAAAGGGACAAAGAGAAGCAGGGGUUAGAAGUGGUGGAACAACAUGAGUCAGGAAAGUGCCCGUCCAGUGAGGAUACUGGGAAAUCUUUCUGCUUGCAGUUGUCCUCCAGUGGGUGGUCUCAAAGGAUGGAUACAGGGGGUGAAGAUCUGGCAGAGCUUGAAGAUGACAGUCAAGCGACACAGAUUGAAGAAGGAGCCUGUGAAGAACCUCCGCAGGACAAGGAGCAGUCGGACAAUGGAGCCAGUAUUCACCUCCAACUGACAGGUGGAAGCCAAACUGAGUCACCUAAUAUUUCGGCCAGUUCUAAAACAUUGGAGGAGGAGGAGGAGGAGGAGAAUGUUCAAGAAAGACCUGGUGUCCAUUCGGAUGCCGAGUGUGUCAAAGGUGAGGCUGAGACAUCUGCGCGAAUGGGCGGAGUUGCAAGUUUAUCGGCUGUGGCAGAAAGAGAAGUAGAGGAGUGCAGCCAGACAUUUCUUCAGCAGCCUUCCAGCCUUCAUCAGGAAGCCUCCUCACCAGAACAAGUUGGUUUGCACGAAGAGUCGUCUUCAGCAAAGCAGAUCGUCCUCGAACAGACGCCAGUGGCCAAGGCAGCAGCAGCAGGGACCUCGGAAUCUCCCUCCGAGAAAUGUGAACAUUCGCAAGUCGAUAAAAACGUGUGGGCAAACUCUCAGGAGGAAGAGUGCCUGAACCUUGCAAUUUCACAAACUCAAACACAAUGUACGAUUGUCUGUCAAGAGACUCAGCCCAGCCAGCAGGAGGAGGAGGAGGAAGAGGAGCCCAUGGAGGAGGAGAUUGCUGAGCCUUCGGAUGUGGUGUUAAAGGGAACACCGAUUGCCAAUGAAGGAAAGGCUCCGGUACUCACUCAUCCAGAAAGUUCUCAAUCUGCGGGCCUUGUGGUAGACUCGCAAAGACUGGAGAGCACAGAUCGGCGAGUUGAAGUCAGGAGCAUUUCGGAGGGUUUCAAAGCCGCUUUUGGUGGCAGUCAGAAAGGAGAGGAGGUGAGCUCCCGAUCCACUGCCUCCACAAUACCACAGAGACAAACGAACAGUCGAGAGGAGACUUCGGGAUCUAUUGAAAAGAUCUGCACGGAGCCACCGGGAAAGCAAGGGGAUGCCAGGCCGGUCACUGCAGACACCGCAGAGCAGCAAGAGGCCUGGGUCACACCUGGAGAGUCUGUAGUCUCGGAUCAGAGGAACGUAAGCAGCCCAGCAGUGCAGGAGCCGCGGAGCUCCAGUGGCAGUCGCCAAUGGGAGGUUGAGGAUUUGCCGAAACCUGGAGGUGAGCUGCCACCGGAAGCCAAGCAGCCUGAUACGAGCCUACAGGAGAGUGACGUGCAGCCUGAGAGUGGGCCAGGCGAGGAGCUCCAGCACUCCGUCAAGAGCCUCUCAGACAGUUCUAGCGAGAACCCGUUUCACUUCAGCUUGCCCAAGGAAGGGGAUGUCAUCCGGCGGUCAUCGACAGCUACACCCCCGCUUCUCAGCCAGAUGAAGCGGGGCCCACGGCACAGCACUCCUAUCGAGCUUGGGGACUGUGCCAUGGUUACAGCCGAUGUCACAACAGAGAGCACCAUGACGACCAGCGCUGUUGUGGCCGAUGACUGUGAGCGAGCGGCGUCGGGCUCAGAAUCUGCCAAUGAGGGGAAGCUGUGUCUGCGGAUGAGGAUGGAGACCCCGGUCCACGUGGAGAGCCAGGAGUCUGCCCUCUUCUGCCUGAAAAAGCCUGCCUUGCCAGAGGGACAAACCAGCGAGCCGGUGUCCAGGGGCAACGUGUUCAGCCUCCCCAGCACCCAGGAGGAGGAGGACGAGGCGGCAGCCGAGGAGCUGAGGUCCUGGCAACAGCACCUGAAGCGCAGGUCACAGGGUCACAUGUUGCCCAGGGACAAGGAGCAGAAAAUCCAUGAAACUGCGGUACAAUCCAUGCCCGAGGCCAGCAGCGGGCGGCCUGCCUCCCAGAGCGAGGAGGAGGCCAUGGACCUGGAAGGAGGAGAUCAAGGAGCGGGUGACAACCGGGGGGCUGAGGGAGGUCACACAGAAGGUGGUGACCGGGCAGAGGAGUGGCCUGCGGGGGGGAGAAGAUGGGAGCGUGUACCCCGGCCUCCCCGCAGCCUCGGCACGCCGGAGGGUGGGGACCUGCGGAGUACCCGCAACUCUGGGCAGCUCAGGGCGGACACCGGCACCCAGACCAGCGGCCCCCCGAGCGUCCAGGCGCAGGGAGGGUAUAAGCUGCCGUCCCGGGAUGCCGUGGUGCAGACUGAGCCGAGCCCAGGGAGAGCGGAGACCAGGUUGAGGAGCAGCGAAGAGCGAGACACAGAAUCAAUCCACAGCCAGGAGGACGAGGACUUUGAGCUGCUGCCCCCGCGCCCCGGGCGCCAUCUACACCGUCAUGUGCGGACAGUGCGCGAGGUGCGGACGGUGCUGACCCGGGUCAUCACCGACGUCUAUUACAAAGACGGGAAGGAGGUGGAGCGGAAGGUGACGGAGGAGAGCGAGGAGCCGGUGGUGGAAUGCCAGGAGUACGAGAACGACAUCUCCCCAUCGCGCACCACCAGCUCCAUGACCUCCGGUGACCUGGGCGACAUCAGCUCCUUCUCCUCCAAAGCCUCCAGCCUGCUGCGGACCUCCAGCGGCACUGGGAGCCUGGCCUCCUCCUCGCACAGCGGCAGUGGGGGCUCCGGGGCCGGCCUGCAGGGGCGCGGCGCGGCCAGAGGGAGGGCCGGAGGGUCCGACACCCGGGAGUUCAUCGUCCCCGUGGGCAGAGGAAUCGCAUCCAAACUGAGCCCAAGGAAGGCCGGAGGUCACGGGUCACCCUGCAGACACCUGCUCGCUGGUGUGGUGGAGGCUGAUGGGGAGAUGUCUGUGGGAAACAAGCUGAGCCCCAGGGGUACCUGUCCCCAGUCCCCCAGGGGCAGGGGGCGGAGAGGCCGGCCCCCAAUCCGACCUUCUCCCGGCAGCACAGCCACUCGGGUGAGGUAUUGGAAAAUACAGGGCCUUUGGGGAGAAGAGGAAAGAGUGGAGCCGUGUGUUAGCACAGAACUGAAGGGCAAGAGAAAGAGUUCACCAGCAGUCAGGCAGUGUGUUUCACACAGGCUUCAGCAGAGGUGGCCUGAGGAAAGGGCCGUGAAGGCAGUCAGAGGUAGAACAGGGAAUCGGAGACCAUUGAGAGCUGCGGCAGGGAGUCCCUCUCUUCUCACACAGCUAGCAGACAAGCUAGUGCAAGCAGCAACCUCUCCAGACUGUUCUCAGGACAGCACCUGUUCCAGCCGGGAAAUGAUGCAGAUGCUAACUCAGGGUUCGGGAGACCACCAGUCCAGCACCCCCUCCCCCGAGGAGGAGCCCUACACCCGCAUUGCCGCACGCCCCCCCGGACCAGCCGAGCGAGCCGGCCCCGCCACCCCCCGGCGUUCAGGGUCCCCGGAAUUCCCACCGCCGGCCACUGCCGGGACGCAGCAAGCCUCCGGAGGGUUGUCCGCCUCCCAGAGCAGCAGCUUUGUGGGGCUGCGGGUGGUGGCCAAGUGGUCCUCCAACGGCUACUUCUACUCGGGGACCAUCACCCGAGAUGCCGGGGACGGCAAGUACAAGGUGCUGUUCGACGACGGCUACGAGUGCGACGUGCUGGGCAAGGACAUCCUCCUGUGUGACCCCAUCCCCGUGGAAACCGAGGUCACCGCUCUGUCCGACGACGAGUACUUCAGCGCCGGGAUUGUGAAAGCGCACCGGACGGAGGCUGACGAGUUCCACUACUGCAUCGAGAAGGACGGGCAGCGCACGUGGUACAAGAGGAUGGCGGUGAUCCUGUCCCUGGAGCAGGGAAACCGACUCCGAGAGCAGUUCGGCCUGGACCCCUGUGAGCCCACUACCCCCCUCACCAUGGCCGCCGACAUCAGCCUGGACAACCUGGUGGAGGGGAAACGCAAGCGGCGCUCCAACGCCAGCAGCACCACCCCGAGCAAGAAGCAGGCGGACACUCCGAGAGGCACCAGUGUCACCGGCAAGAGGAAGCUCAUCAGCUCGGACGAGGAGAGAUCUCCGGUGAAGCGUGGACGCAAACCGGCCCCAAAACUGGCCAAAACCUGCGAGUUUGCCAGCCCCUCGGAGGGAGGGGCCUCAACAGACGACUGCUCCCGCUUGGAAGUCCAGCACGGGCCGAUGCCCAAGAGCUCCACGCUCUUUGUGGGCUACGCCUUCAUCCUGACUGCAGCCACGGAGACGGACAGACGGACGAAUAAAGGCUCUCCGAGGGACGAAAGUGCCAGUGGCGAAGAGGAGGCAGAGUACGUGGAGACGGCUGUGUAUAACAAACGUUACACGGAGGCACAGCUCCAAGCUGGGGGUGGUUAUAUCCUGCAGGAUUUCAACGAGGCUCAGUGCAAAGCUGCAUUUCAGUGCUUGCUGAUCGCAGACCAGCACUGCCGCACACAGAAAUACUUUCUGUGCUUAGCUGGUGGAAUUCCUUGCGUUUCUAACCAGUGGGUGCGGGACAUCUGUUUGUCAAACCAACUGCAGCCUUACACAAAUUACUUGCUGCCGGCUGGAUACAGCUUGGAGGAAGACCGAAUCCUGGAAUGGCACGCUCAGACGACCCCGUUCAGGAAUAUGAAAGUGUUGCUCGUUUCAGAUCAGCGGGAGAACUUUCUGAACCUAUGGUCGGAGAUUCUGAUGAUGGCAGGAGCAGCCUCAGUCCGGCAACACGACUCGACAGCACAAAACAAGGAUAUUCCCUUGGGAAUCUUUGACCUGGUGGUGACAGACACUUCCUGCCCCAGCUCACUGCUGAAGUGUGCAGAGUCGCUCGCCCUCCCUGUGGUGUCUCAGGAGUGGGUAAUCCAGUGCCUGAUAGUGGGAGUGAAAGUUGGCUACCGUCAGCACCCUAAAUACAAACACACCUACACGUCCAGCUAAAAGUGUGGCGGCAGCAGUGGGGGGG